GAAGAAGAAGAGCAGACGGAAUCAUGGCGACAUCCACGAAAGCAGCGCAUGAGCUGCAAGUCAGAACCCGGACUGAUGAUGUUCUGAAUAACGACGGGGUCGAGUUCAGCUCUUUACUGCUAUCAAAACCUGUGCUUGAGGGCUUAUCUGCCUCCGGCUUUCAGAGACCGUCACCCAUUCAGCUCAAAGCCAUCCCACUGGGCAGAUGUGGACUGGAUCUUAUUGUUCAAGCCAAAUCUGGCACAGGAAAGACUUGCGUGUUUACUACAAUUGCUUUGGACUCCCUUAUACUGGAGAACACAGUCACACAGGUGCUAGUUUUAGCCCCCACUAGGGAGAUUGCUGUGCAGAUCCAUGCUGUUGUCAUGGCAAUAGGCAGCUCUAUGGAGGGACUGGAGUGUCAUGUGUUUAUUGGUGGACGGCCUGUCAGUCAAGAUAAGCUCCACCUGAAGAAAUGCCACAUUGCUAUUGGCUCACCAGGCCGUAUUAAGCAGCUCAUUGAGAUGGGAGCCCUGAUCACAUCUUCCAUUCGUCUGUUUGUUUUGGAUGAGGCUGAUAAACUGCUUGAGGAUGACAGCAGCAGCAGCUUUCAAGAGCAAAUCAACUGGAUCUUCUCUUCUCUACCGACAAAUAAACAAAUGCUGGCUCUUUCUGCCACCUACCCAGAAUCCUUAGCACAGUACCUGUCAAGAUACAUGAGAGAGCCGACGUUUGUUAGAUUGAACCCGACAGACCCUGGACUCAUUGGACUGAAGCAGUACUAUAAGAUCGUGCCCUCUCAUUCAUUGCCUCACAAAAUCUUUGAGGAGAAGGUUCAGAGUCUUCUGGAACUCUUCAGUAAAAUCCCAUUUAAUCAAGCGUUGGUUUUCUCGAAUCUCCAUAGCAGAGCCCAGCACCUGGCUGACAUCCUCUCAUCUAAAGGCCUGCCUGCAGUCUGCAUCUCAGGUGGUUUAAGUCAGGAUCAGAGGUUAGAAGCGAUGUGGAAGCUGAAGCAAUAUCAAUGUCGAGUUUUAAUAUCAACAGAUCUGACGUCCCGUGGUAUUGAUGCUGAGAAGGUGAAUUUGGUGAUUAAUCUGGAUGUUCCUCAGGACUGGGAGACGUACAUGCAUCGUAUUGGUCGUGCUGGACGAUUCGGCACUCUGGGGGUUGCUGUGACCUACUGUUGCCAUGGUGAGGAGGAGAAUCGGAUGAUGGCCAUAGCUCAGAAAUGUUCCUUGAAUCUAACCCAUUUGCCAGAUCCAAUCCCUCCUGGAAUUAUGGAAGAGGCUUGUGACUGGGGCGUGAUCAUUGAACCCCCUUCAAAACCCACUCGCAAGGUUCCUGUCUCCCCCAAACAGGAGAAAAAGAAACAAGUUAAAUCUGAGGCCACAUCAUUUAAACCUUCCAGAGUGUCUCACAUCCCAAAUCCCACUGAAGAGAGAAGAACAUCUGAUAAACCCUACAAUGUUGCUGAAACCAAGGCUAAAAAUCACUCCAAACCUAGGAUGGAGAAACCAUUACCAUCUGCUACAAACCUGGAGACUCGCUCGACUCUUACUCAGACAGAGCAGAGGGAUACCCUUCCCAAAAUUCCUCCACUGCCAUCUUUUAAAUCACGGGCACGAAAGAUUAUGACCUUCGCAGAGGCGGAGGCAGCUUACGAGAGCUUCAUAACAGAAGGUCCAGGAAGAUCUGUAGAAAUCAUUCGCCAGUAUGAAGGUUGCAACAGAAGUCAAAGUAUGUUCAAUGGCCUGCAUAACAACCAUGAUGACCAUAAUGAUGAAGAUGGAGCUAAUGAUUCACAUGUUCCAGAUGCGUCACACUCCCAUCAAGAUCCUCCGCUACCACCAGACGUUUCAGAGUUGUCCUCUGGUUCGAAGUUUUCAGAAGAUUCCCUGUCAUCUGAUUAUGAUUCUUCCUCAGAGUCCAAAAUGGAGGUUGAAAGUGAAUCAAACUCUUCAGUCCCUAACCGCUCUUCACAACACAGACAUCACACGCAUGUUCUUCCAGAUAAUGACGUUUCCCAAAUACGUCGUUCUGUUGACUGUAACAAAAACCAGCGGGAUCAAUCCUCUUUACCGGCGGCUAGAAUACAAACACAUUCUAGCAGAAGCAAGCAGACGUAUAGUAAACUUCAAUCCCACAAUCCUCCUCACCACAAAGGCCCUACAGCCUCCAAAUCCAGAAGGAAGGCCACGACGACACAGCAGAGGUUUACAAAGGAGAAAACCGAUGAUGUUGAAGAGGAAGUUGCAGGGCAGGAUUAUUGGGAUGAGUACAGGGCAUGGGUCGAAUAUUACAACUCGUAUUACCACAGAUCUCCAUAUUACUGGAUGAGAGCAUUUUCCUCAUAUUCCAUUUACAUGAUGGAAAUGAUGAAACGUUAAAAAAGGAUAAUAGACUUAUCUAUCAUGUAUAGCACCUAUAGCAUCCAUUGAAUCUUACUGCUGUUGCUGCCCCUGUUAUUGGGACAUAAAUGUUAAGGUUUUAGUGAUGCUCAAUGUAUGAAGUUCUUCAAUAAAAAUGAACUUUU